GGAACACAAUGUGUGAGAUAUUUGAAUGACCAUACAGGCAUACAUAUAAAACUCAUUUUAUCAAGUCAGUGUAGUACUGCAUUUGGUUUAUCCUUUCUUCAUGAAAGUCGCAUAUAUUUGGUUUACAGUCGCCAUUGCCUGCAUUUUCACUGAGGCUGCUGACGAAAUUUCAUGGUCGGAAGCGUAUGCGAAGGCGAAGGUUGCGGUCUCGAAAUUGGCCGACAAGGAGAAGGUUACGCUUGGAACAGGAACAGGAAGUGGAAUAUGCGUAGGAAAUACAGCUGCCAUAAGCAAGAUUGGGUGGCCUGGCUUAUGUUUGCAAGAUUCACCUCUAGCCGUGCGACUGGCUUAUAACGUCACUGGUGGAAUAUCAGGUAUCAACACCGCUGCCACUUUUGAUCGAGACCUUGUUCGACAGCGUGCAGAGGAUAUGGGGGACGAAUUCCGUGGAAAGGGUGUUAAUAUUCAACUCGGCCCUGAUGUCAAUAUGGCACGAAUUCCAGAAUCCGGACGAAAUUGGGAAGGGUUUGGCGAAGAUCCAUAUUUGACUGGCAUAAUGGGUGGAAUCACCGUAGCUGGCGUUCAGAGUAAAGGAGUGAUAGCUACUGCCAAGCACUUUAUUAUGAAUGAACAAGAGACUGAUCGAACUACUAGCUCAUCAGAGGCAGAUGACCGUACAAUCCACGAGAUAUAUGCCUGGCCGUUUGCACGAGCUGUAGAAGCUGGAGUUGCUUCCGUAAUGUGUUCCUAUAACAAGGUCAAUGGGACAUAUGCUUGUGAAAAUGACGAGACUCUUAAUACCAUCCUCAAAGGGGAGCUCAACUUUCAAGGCUUUGUGCAAAGCGAUUGGGGUGCCACUCAUUCAGGUGCAAAAAGUGCUAACGCCGGAUUAGACAUGGAUAUGCCUGGGCCGGACGCCUACUGGGGACCCACGCUCACCUCGCAGGUAGAGGCUGGCAAAGUAUCUGAAGAUCGAUUGAAUGAUAUGGCCACCCGGAUUCUUGCUGCUUGGUACAAGCUUGGACAAGACAGCGGAUAUCCCAACAUUACUGUCAACGACAACAAAGUCGAUGUCCAAGGAAAUCACAAGCAAACAAUACGAGAAAUAGGAGCGGCCUCUGCAGUACUUUUGAAGAACAUCAAUCAAACGCUACCCCUUUCCAACCCUAAAAGUAUUGGCAUCAUUGGAAAUGAUGCUGAUUCAGCCAACUAUGGUCCACUUGGGUGCACAGAAUUACCUUGUCUUAGUGGCACUAUUGCAAGUGGGUUUGGAUCUGGCGGAAGUUAUUAUCCGUAUAUAAUUUCUCCAGCGGCUGGAAUUCAGGCUCGUGCGCCAAAUUCAACACAAGUGAAAACCUCACUCAGCAACCUCAAUAUCAUUGCAGCCAUACAAAUUGCGAAGUCCGUUGACUACCCAAUUGUCUUUGUCAACGCUGACGCCGGAGAAGCUUUCGAUCGCAUAAGUCUUAAUGUCGAUACUUUUGGUAAUGAGCUGAUAGAAGCCAUUGCGAAACACAACCCGAACACGAUCGUCGUAAUACAUGCAGCCGGUCCUGUAUUGAUGCCGUGGGUCAACAAUGUGAAGGCGAUAGUUUAUGCCGGUCUUCCUGGUCAAGAGAAUGGUAAUUCAAUUGCCGAUGUUCUUUUUGGAGAUGUAAAUCCGUCUGGUCGGCUCCCAUACACUCUUGCUAAACAAAGCUCUGACUAUCCGGCACAUUCAACCCUAAGCCCAAACGUCAAUUACAGUGAAGGACUUUUGAUUGGGUACCGAUGGUUUGACGCAAAGAACAUCACUCCUCUCUAUGAAUUUGGAUUCGGCUUAUCAUACACCAACUUUUCUUAUCAAAAUCUUAAGAUCACCACCACUCCUAGCAAGGUGACAGUGAAAGCUCAGAUCAAGAAUACUGGACAAGUAUAUGGUGCUGAAGUUCCACAACUGUAUAUUGGGUUCCCAAAAUCUGCGCAAGAGCCGCCCAAAAUUCUAAGAGGAUUUGAUAAAAUCAAGCUCCAGCCAGGUCACACAAAGACGGUUUCUUUCGUUGUCGAUGUAGCAAGGGAGCUAAGCGUGUGGGAUACACCAUCCAAAAGCUGGAAAAUUGUUAACGGGAAAUUCGAUGCCUACGUGGGUGCAAGCAGCAGAGAUAUUCGAUUGCACGGAUCGUUCAGCAUCUAGUUUUGUAAGACAAUCCGGUCACCUCUAAUUUACCUUAUCGUUGGUCUUAUAAUAUCAUAUCCAUAAUUUUUUUUCCCACCUCUGUGUAUCUGUUAUGCACUGUGUCUGUGUGUGAUAUGGCUCCGUCCAGUUAUCUGCGUCUUGAUAGU